AUGUUCAACGAUAGACAUUACUUGACGUCACCUAAUAUUUGCAGCAUUUGGGUUCCUAUCACAGAGAUCGACAGUGAUAUACGGCUCACUGUGAAGGUUGUUGUGCAAAGUCACCAUGAAGGUCGAUGUGAAGGUGACUGCUUUACAUCAUUGCGAAAAUCACAAUGGAGGUUGCUGGAAAUGUCAUUGUGCAAUGAUACUGUGAAGGUCAUUGUGAAGGUGACUCCUAGCAUCACCGUGAAGGUCAUUGUGAAGGUGACUUCUAACAUCACUGUGAAGGUCAUUGUGAAGGUGACUCCUAACAUCACUGUGAAGGUCAUUGUGAAGGUGACUCCUAACAUCACUGUGAAGGUGACUUCUAACAUCACUGUGAAGGUCAUUGUGAAGGUGACUCCUAGCAUCACUGUGAAGGUCAUUGUGAAGGUGACUCCUAACAUCACUGUGAAGGUCAUUGUGAAGGUGACUCCCAACAUCACUGUGAAGAGGUCAUGGUGAGCUCUGCAUGAAAUGACACUGUGUUUCACCAUGGUG